AUGGGCUCUUUCAACUUGGAAAUAGAGAUUAUCUUCUUCAUUCAGACAGGAGUGGGGAUCCUGGGAAAUUCCUUCCUCUUUGGUCUUUACAACUUCCCUUUGUUCACUGGACACAAGUUGAAAUCCAAAGACCUAAUUCUCAAUCAACUGGUCUUAGCCAACUCCUUGGUGCUUUUUUCCAAAGGGAUCCCUCAGACCACGGCAGCUUUUGGAUGGAAAUACUUCCUGGAUGACACUGGAUGUAAAGUUGUCUUUUAUGUACACAGAGUGGGCAGAGGAGUUUCCCUCAGCAUCACCUGCCUGUUGAGUGGCUUUAAGAUUCAUUCUAGUAUCUGCAGGGUGAUGGAGCUCAGAGUAUCUCCAAAGCACAUUGGCUUCUGCUGUUUCAUCUGCUGGAUCUCGCAUCUCCUGUUAAAUAUCUAUGUUCCAUUAAGAAUGACUGGGCCACUGAACAGCAAAAACCUUAGUUUGAGAAAAACAUACGUCUACUGUUCUGGACUACCACAAGAUAAAUUUAUAGGCUCACUAAACGCUACUGUGUUUUCUUUCUUUGACUUUGUGUUGAGCCUCAUGGUCUGGGUCGGUGGCUCCACGGUCCUUGUCCUGCUCAGGCACAAGAAGCAAGUCCAGCAUAUUCAUAGCCUCAGCCGUUGCCCCAGACCUUCCCAUGAGGACAGAGCCACACGCACCAUUUUGAUCCUGGUGAGCUCCUUUGUCUGCUGUUACUCUCUCUCUUCCAUUUUGUCUCUUUGCCUAGUACUUAUUUUGAGUCCAGACCAGUGGCUAGUAAACACUACUGUGUUUGUAACAUCAUGUUUUCCGACAUUCAGCCCAUUUGUGCUCAUCAGCAGUGAUAUGCGUGUCUCUCAGUUCUGCUUUGCCUGCUGGACAAGGAAAAGUUUUCCUUAA